AUGACCGCACACGCUACUUCGUUCGCGUUCACGUCGCUACUGGCAAACACUACCGAGAGCUUCGAAGAGGCCCUCCGGUUUUACAUCUCGUUCGGCUUCGAGGUCACCCGAACUUUCACUAAAGACAACACAAUCUCGACGUCUGAUUAUCUUCACGGAAUUUCUACCAACUCACGCCGUGAAGUGUGGCUGGAGGCCUUUCCGUUGAGUCAGGUUGAUUCCAAAGGUGGCCGUGUACCACUACAAGAGUCAGUUGGCUACUUCACCCAGGAUAACACUGCUACCUCGUCACCAUAUCAAUCGCCCGGGGUUGUGAUCAAAAUCAGAUUGGCAUCUCACGAUGUCCAUACUCUCCCCAAAGUGGCCGGAGAAAUCAUUUUUUUCACUGCUGAGGUGGCCAAGGUCCGUGCGGUUGUUGAAAAGAAUGGCUAUCCAAUGAUAGUUUCUCAUGAUUCCAGGGUCUCUUUCUAUACACGUGAUCCACUUGGAACUGUCCUGGGAUUUACCUCGCACCCAGGCAUGGGCUCCGACCUCAAAGUGACUAGUGCUGAUUACUACCUUCAUCCAAAGCGGGGCCCUAGUGUCACUGCUGCAGAGAGACCAGCGACCUCCCCAGCCGCGAAAAGCCGCAAGAAAAUCGCUGUUAUGACAUCGGGAGGUGACUCUCCCGGUAUGUGCGCGGUUGUACGGGCCGUGGUUCGUGCGGGUAUCUUCUAUGGUUGUGAUGUUUACGGCUGUUAUGAGGGCUACUCAGGCUUGGUCCAAGGUGGUGACAUGUUGAAAAAGAUGGAAUGGGAAGACGUUCGUGGUUGGCUCAGUCUCGGCGGAACUCUCAUUGGUACCGCUCGUUGCAUGGAGUUCAAAGAGCGUUGGGGCCGUCUCCAGGGGGCCUAUAACAUGAUUGUUGCUGGCAUUGAUGCUCUGGUUGUUUGUGGUGGUGAUGGUUCUUUGACCGGUGCAGACCUGUUCCGUUCCGAAUGGCCAUCGCUUGUUGAUGAGCUCGUGGCAACUGGAAAACUUACCGAGUCCGAAGUAGCAGAGCAUCGUCACCUCAACAUUGUUGGUCUUGUGGGCUCCAUCGACAACGACAUGUCCAGCACGGAUUCAACCAUUGGUGCUUAUUCUUCUCUUGAGCGUAUUUGCGAAAUGGUGGACUACAUUGACUCAACUGCGAACUCUCAUUCCAGAGCUUUCGUGGUGGAAGUUAUGGGUCGUCAUUGUGGUUGGCUCGCACUGAUGGCAGGAAUUGCUACAGGUGCAGACUACAUUUUCAUCCCCGAACAACCACCCAAGGCGGGCGAAUGGCAGGCUGAACUCAAGAAGGUGUGUAUGCGCCAUCGUGACAAGGGCAGGCGAAAGACCACUGUGAUUGUCGCCGAGGGUGCGCUUGACGAUUUGCUGACCCCAAUCACCUCUGAAGAGGUCAAGGAUGUUCUCGUCGAGAUCGGUCUAGAUACCAGAAUCACCACGUUGGGCCAUGUUCAACGUGGAGGUACUGCUGUUGCUUUUGACCGUAUGCUUGCAACCCUUCAAGGUGUUGAUGCCGUGAAGGCUGUCUUGGAAAUGACCCCUGAUACCCCUUCGCCCAUGAUCGGGAUAGUGGAGAACAAUAUAGUCAGGCGCAAUCUGGUAGAUGCUGUGAGACUCACGAAAUCGGUAGCGACUGCCAUUGAGGCUAGAGACUUUGAAAAGGCUAUGUCGCUCAGAGAUACCGUUUUCGUGGAGUCAUACGACAACUUUUUAGCUGUUUCGAAGCACGAUGAUGGCUCUGUGAUGUUGCCUGAGGAAAAGCGUCUCAAUAUGGCCAUUAUCCAUGUUGGGGCUCCUUCUUCGGCUUUGAAUGCUGCGACAAGAGCCGCUGCACUCAAUUGUAUUUCCAAGGGACAUAACUUAUAUGCGAUUCAAAACGGUUUCUCCGGACUCAUCAGACACGGUUCCUUUAAGAAGCUCAGUUGGCUAGAUGUGGAGGAAUGGCACAAUCUAGGUGGUUCCGAGAUUGGAACCAACAGAUCGCUUCCAGAGCAAGACAUGGGCACCGUGGCCUACUACUUCCAGAAGUACCGUUUGGAUGGCCUGAUCGUGGCAGGUGGUUUCGAGGCUUUCCGUGCUCUUCACCAACUCCAGGCUGCUCGUGGAACGUAUCCUAUCUUCAACAUCCCGAUGGUGUGUCUGCCAGCCACGGUAUCCAACAACGUUCCCGGAACCCAAUACUCGCUUGGAACAGACACCUGUCUCAACACUUUGGUGAACUACUGUGACGCUGUCAAGCAGUCUGCAUCUGCCUCACGGAGACGUGUGUUUGUGGUGGAAGUGCAGGGUGGAAAUUCUGGCUAUGUUGCUGCCUAUUCUGGGCUAGUUUCAGGUGCUUUGGCGGUUUACACUCCAGAGAAGGAGGUUACACUGAGAUCAGUCCAGGAAGAUCUGAAGCUCCUUCAUGACAAUUUUGAGCAUGAUAAGGGUGAUAACAGGUCGGGAAAAAUGUUCAUUCGCAAUGAAAAAGCAUCAAGUAUCUUUUCCACGGAGCUCAUUGCAGACAUCAUCAAGGAGGCUGGUAAAGGCAAGUUUGAAUCACGUACUGCCAUCCCCGGCCAUGUUCAACAAGGCAAAACCCCUUCAUCGAUGGAUAGAGUGAAUGCAACGCGGUUUGCUAUCAAAGCGUGCGAUUUCAUUGAGGAUUGGAACUCGCGCUUUGCCUAUUCGACUUCCCAAGCAGAGGCCGAGGGGCUUGAUUGCGAGUCAGAGCUGCGUUUCGUCUACAACCGCGGAACCAAGCAUUACCUCGUUGAUGAUAUUGAGGCCAGUGCAGUGGUGGCGGGAAUUUACGGUUCUGCAGUCAUGUUCACCAAGGUUACCGAUCUCUGGAAGACAGAAGCUGAUCACGACCUCAGAAAGGGCAAGACUAUCCAUUGGGAAAACUUGAAUGUCGUGAACGACAUGUUAAGUGGAAGACUGUUGUUGAGACGGAGCUGA